GGGCGUUAUGGAUCAGUUCAAACCCUAGUUUCACUUGCCAGUAUCUAUCCGGGAUACGUGCCCCCUAGACCUGGUCGAAAGCAUCGGAACAAAUUCGUGAGACUGCCGAGAUUCAUGCCGAGACUCGACAUCCGGCAGAUGGGCACCAUGCCCGCGAACACCGCUGGCCUGUGGAAGCGGGUGACCUUUCUGCUGGCCCUGCCGGCCAUCGUCCUGUGCGCCGUGAACGCCUUCUCCGGCCACAAGCACGUGGAGCGGGAGCCGUUCGCCAAGUACGAGUACCUGCGGCGCAGGACCAAGCGCUUCCCCUGGGGCGAUGGCAACCGCAGCCUCUUCCACAACGCCGAGGUCAACGCCCUGCCCGAGGGCUACGAGGACGAGGUGGCCGAGGAGGACUAGUCGCUAGUCCCUCACACCCACAUCCUUCUUCUGCCCACCACUUUCCCCCGAACGCUCUUUGGUAUUUUGACUUUUGGACUUGUAAUUAUUAUUACAUCAGCUGUGUGGGCCUCGUUUGCAGAUUCUUUGCAAGUAAUAAAUUAAUCAUUGAGAUCUGA